AUGAUACAGCGGUCUCAAGAGAUGCCGGAAUUGAUGGUGAUUCACAAUCUACAGCCCCUGUUCCAAUUCAUGGUGAAAGGCGGCGCUCUUCCUGACGAGGUGGUUGUACCUGGACAAUCUGCCGUUCAAUUGCCACAAGACCAGUCGCGUACCUCUCACGUAUGCGAUCGAUGCCACGACCUGAUACACCACAAUAAGGCCGUAUCUUUACCUAAACCGUCUGUGCAUUCAAUCCGCGAUUUGAUGGACGAGUCGCCCUACAAGUAUAAUCGGAUUUACCACAUCCUGGACGCCGCUGAUUUCCCAAUGUCCCUCAUUCCACGCAUUCAUUCCGCACUGGAUGCCCAGGAGCAACGAUCAAGGAACCGUCGGGCAACAAAUGAGAAGUACAGCGGCGGUCGAAAGCUGCCGACCGUGAGCUUUGUGAUCACCCGCUCGGAUUUGUUAGCCGCGACGAAGGAACAAGUGGACUCCAAGAUGGAAUAUGUCCGUGCUGUACUGCGUGACGCCUUGGGAAGGGCAGGUCGAGAUGUAAGACUGGGUAAUGUGCACAUGAUUAGUGCCCAUCGAGGCUGGUGGACAAAGCAAGUCAAAGACGAGAUACGGGAUCAUGGCGGGGGUAUCUGGGUUGUUGGCAAGGCCAACGUCGGAAAGAGUAGCUUCAUCGAAGCGUGCUUUCCCAAAGACUCGCGUCGCCUUGAGAAUAUGGCUGAAUGGAUGGAGCAACAGCGGGAGGAACACGAGAUUCCGAACCAACGCCAGGCUUCUCUGCUGGAUCCAGAAAGCUUGCUUCCUCCAGCUCCACGCGAAGAUAUGUAUCCAGUACUUCCUGUGGUCUCUUCCAUGCCUGGCACAACGGUGUCACCCAUUCGAAUCCCGUUCGGUCGUGGCAAGGGCGAGAUAAUUGAUCUCCCUGGUCUCGAGCGCGGGGAGCUCGAAGACUACGUUCACGAUGAGCACAAGCGUGAUUUGAUGAUGACCAAACGCGUCAAGCCCGAUCGAUGCACCAUCAAACCAGGUCAAUCUCUCCUUCUGGGCGGCGGCCUUGUGCGUAUCACUGCUGUCAACCCAGACGACACUAUUCUCGCUGCAUGUUUUGUCCCUAUUGAGACGCAUGUCACGAAAACCGAAAAAGCCAUUGAGCUCCAGACCGAAAAACGGCCCUACGUGGGAAAGACCCUCAUGAAAGAAGGCACUGGUGAGACCAUUACCUCGGCGGGAAAGUUUGACUUGCAAUGGGAUACCACCGCCUCUAAUCUCCCGUCCCUUGUGGCCAAGGCUGUCAAGGAUAAAGGGAUUCCCAUUCCCAAACUCCCUUACCGUGUGAUGUCGGCCGACAUUCUCGUUGAAGGUUGCGGUUGGAUUGAAGUCAGCGUCCAGAUUCGCGCGAAACGCUUCUCAGAAAGCGACGAGCAAAAAUACCCGCAGAUCGAAGUGUUCACACCGAAUGGAAGGCACAUCGGCACCCGGCCACCGAUUCAAUGCUGGGAUUUCAUUGCGCAAAAGCUCAAGGCGGAUAAGAAGAAGAGACCUCGUCUGAGGUUCCGUUAUAGCUGA